AUGUCGCGUACAAUAAGUACCCCAGCUCCAACGGAGCGUCCUGCAGCCCAAUCAACCUUAGGUCAGCUGGCAACGGCUGGUCUAGCCAAUGCUUCAGAGUUUACCAGAGCAGCUGGCUCUAGUGUUCCUCGACCUCUCGUCAAUCGCCACCGGGCUAGCACGGGCUCCGGCGACGAGGACAUCAUGGAGCUGAUGCGAAUGCAACUACUGCAGAGUCACGUUGAUGAGCGCACACAGCGUGAAGAGCGGCGCCUUCGUUAA